AUGCGGAAGGGGCUUCAAACUGAGCCUAUGGGGACCGACGGGGGAUGUUUGCCCUAUCGCCUUGCUGAUCUCGUUCACCGUCACUGUUUGGCCACCUGUCACAUCCUCUUUGGGAGUAAUCAUGACUCCGCCCACUCUAUGUGUGUCAUUCCAGACUGGACGAAAGCCUUUGCGGUGUCCCAUCUCUUACCACGUUGCCACUACUGCCGCACUCAGGCUACCCAUAAGGUGGACAAAAUCGUCGAGGACUUCUGCAGCACAGUAAAUAAUCAAAAUAAAUGUCGUCGCGGAUGGAAUCUCUUCAUGAAAUGCCUUACUAAGCAGAUUUUCUGUGACCAACGUCAGAAAAAAAGGAUUCUCUCCACAAAUGGGAGCAAUAACAUAAGCCGAGAAAAUGAGAAACUGCCUGAAAGGGAGGGUAGGCAAGAGGGACUGGCUGAAAUCAAGGGCACUUGCCACGACCUCCUCUUCUCCGCCCUCGUCGCCGCAGCGAGCCCGCUUGCCACGUGUGCAGACACGGUAGCCAAUCAGGGAGCAGGUGGAGGGGGCUUAGUCAGCACCGCAUGCCGCGUAUUUGCAUCACGUGACAUGUGCAAGUCCUCGUAG